AUGGCAGAGCCAUUGCAAGAAGUUUACCCAAUGGUGGAGCUGGCUCCGCUACCACGCGCACACAUGCACCCUCUCGUCGAACCUCGCGAAAUUUCACCACCAACUUCAUCUCCUACACCAUCCAUUGGCGCGGAUGAUGGACCACUAUACAAACCAGCAACCGCCCUUGCAGACCCCGAAGCUCCAUCUGCCCGGACGAAGCGCGAAUCAUACGAAUUAUGCGGCAGUACCUACCUAAUCACUAAUACGGGAAAGACCCUCAAACUCCCAGUGCCAUCCGAUAGCAAAGCGGACCCUUUGAAUUGGAGUAAAUGGAAAACCGCCGGGGCCCUGUUUGCAGUUUUCCUGUUCUCGGUCGUGUGUCUGACUGCCGCUCAAGCCUCCUCCGUGUUGUUGGAGGCCAUUCAAAUCGAUUUCCGGGACGAAGUAAGAAUCAACUCCUCUCUGGACUCACUUGGGACUAACAAGUUGCCUGAGGGAGUCAAGCCCUGGUUAAUAAAGGCGCUCUAUACGGGACCAACCCUCUUCAUGGGCAUUGGGUGUUUCUUUUGGGUGCCACUGUCCAUUGGCAUGGGAAGACGGCCCGCGUUGCUGAUAGCCAGUCUUGUUGCGCUCUUCGCUACCAUUUGGGCGUCUGAAGCACGCUCAUUCGCCUCCCUUGUCGUAGCUCUGUGCGUAAUAGGACUGAGCGAGGGACUCAGCCUCUCCCUGGCCUUCCUGAUGGUGAUUGAUUUGACGUAUAUCAACCAACGAUCCAAAGCCGUGGCCGGAAUGUGGUGCCUAGCAGGUUGUUUUGGCACUUCAGGUGUCGGAUUAGUACCAGUCAUGUCGAAUCACGGCCAUGACUGGAGGGCCUUCUUUCACUACUGGACGAUACCAAUCAUUGUGUCAAUCAUUGUCACUUUCACCCUCUACCCGGAGACCUACUUCAAGAGACCAACAGUGGCCUUUGACGGGAUGAUCCUCAUGCAAAGUGCGACUGAAAAGCUCACAGUGUACCAAGACGUCAAGGAAGACUCUAGCAUAUACCGCGAUCUCCCCGAAUACCCUCUUCGGACAGGGUUCGCAGGUCUUCGUGACCGCCUAGGUCUUGCUCGUUCGCCAUUCGCAUCUUGGAUAUCCAUGGGCCGUUGCUUUCUCCAAAUGGGCUACUGCAUCAUAAAUCCCCUUAUCUUUUGGGUCUUCAUUGCCUCAUCAUUCAACUCGGCCAGCAUGAUCUUUAUUGGUGUAACAUAUGCCCGAGUCCUUCUUGCGCCACCUUACAACAUUUCUCACGACCUUGUCGGCACUGUCAACGUCGCAUCCGGUGUAGGUGCUUUUUGUGGUUUCUUCGUCUACUAUUUCAUCAUCAGCAAGGUUGUGACACGCCUGUCACAUCGAAAUCACGGCGUCCUCGAAGCGGAGCAUUAUCUCAUUAGCUACAUUGUGCCAAUCUCAACCGGUGCGACGGGCUCAUUGAUUUAUGGCUUGGCCGUUCAACACCAGUGGCCGGAGGGUUGGAUCUACUUUUCUUAUGGACUCAAUGGGUUUGCCUUUGUCACGCUCAUGGUUUCCAAUACACUUUGGGUGACUGAAGCGUUUCCAAGGUGGGCAGCACCAGCACUUGCAGUUGUAGGAGGGGGCUGCUAUCUCCUCUCCUUUGCGAUGAGCUUUGCACUCGUCCCAUGGCUCGAGUCGCAAGGGUUCCAAUGGGUUGGCAUUCAAUUGAGCAUCCUCCAAAUUGUGGGUGGGUUGGUCGCAAUGCCAGUCGCUUUCUGGGGCAAGAGUGGGCGGCAAGCUAUUCAAGGGCGGUGGGCGGAAGAUCGCAGUGGAGCGCUGAGGCCGCUUUGA